AUUAACUCUCUCUAACCAGUGAACCUUGGUCCUCCAUCGUUUCCCUUCAUUUAAUUUCUUCCAAAUUCCCCACCGCCGCCGGCGCCGGCGCCGGAAACAUGGAGAUCUCCGGUAUGCUUCUUCUUGUUAUUACUCUGUUUCUGUCAUACUUCUCCCUCAACAUACACUGUCUUUCAACCCACAAUGAUCAAAACCAAAUCACUACUUACAUAAUUCACAUGUCGAAAUCCCAAACUCCGGCGAGUUUUUCCGACGACCAUAUAACUUGGUUCGAUUAUUCACUUAAAUCAGUCUCAAACUCGGCCGAAAUGCUCUACACAUACACCAAUGCCAUACAUGGGUUCUCUACAAGAUUAACGGCGGAGGAAGCUCGUGAGCUUGAAACCCGGCCCGGAAUUGUUGCCGUCUUGCCGGAGACGAAGUAUGAGUUGCAUACAACUCGGACUCCCAUGUUCUUGGGACUCGAUGUUAACUCGGGCUUGUUUCCUGAUUCGAACUCAGUGAGUGAAAUAAUUGUUGGGGUUUUGGAUACUGGUGUUUGGCCAGAAAGUAAAAGUUUUGAUGAUGCUGGACUUGGACCGAUCCCGAGUUCUUGGAAGGGGAUCUGUGAAUCUGGUACUAAUUUUUCAUCUGUUAAUUGUAAUCGGAAGCUUAUUGGAGCCAGGUAUUUUAGCAAAGGUUAUGAAGCGUCUCUAGGUCAGCCAAUUGAUGUUACUAAGGAAUCCAAGUCACCUAGGGACGAUGAAGGUCAUGGAACUCACACGGCCACAACCGCAGCUGGUUCACCUGUCUCGGGUGCAAGCCUAUUCGGUUAUGCACCCGGGACUGCAAAAGGAAUGGCCUCUCAAGCCCGUGUUGCCGUCUAUAAAGUAUGUUGGCUAGGAGGUUGCUUUAGUUCGGACAUAAUGGCGGCCCUAGACUCUGCCAUUUCCGAUAAUGUAAAUAUCAUAUCCAUGUCUCUUGGCGGUGGAGACACUGAUUAUUAUCGAGACAUUGUUGCAAUUGGAGCGUUUUCGGCGAUGGAAAAAGGAAUUUUAGUCUCGUGCUCGGCUGGAAAUGGUGGUCCUGGUCCAUAUAGUUUGACGAAUGUGGCCCCGUGGAUAACCACGGUCGGAGCAGGAACUCUCGACCGUGACUUUCCCGUGUACGUCGUACUCGGGAACGGGUUAAAUUUUUCGGGCGUAUCACUUUAUCCAGGCGAUUCGCGUUUUGGGGAUAAGUUGUAUCCCCUGGUUUAUGCCGGAAACGUGAGCAAUGCAACGAAUGGGAAUCUUUGUAUGAUUGGAUCGUUGAUACCGGAAAAGGUAACGGGUAAGAUUGUAUUUUGUGAUCGUGGAGGGAACUCUAGGGUUCAGAAAGGGGUCGUGGUUAAGGAAGCAGGUGGGGUGGGGAUGAUUCUGGCUAACUCGCCGGCGAACGGUGAGGAACUAUUGGCGGAUGCUCAUCUAUUACCGGCUUCAGCGGUGGGCGCAAGAUUUGGGGAGGAAAUAAAGAAAUACUUGUUAUCAAUUCCAAAUCCAACCGCCACAUUUCUAUUUCAAGGCACUAAGGUGGGGAUUGAGCCGUCGCCGGUGGUGGCGGCGUUCAGUUCUCGAGGACCAAAUCCACUGGAUCCCCAAAUAUUGAAGCCGGAUAUCAUUGCCCCGGGUGUCAACAUCUUAGCCGGUUGGUCCGGUGCGAUGGGACCCUCAGAUCUCACAACCGAUACGAGACGGGUCCCAUUUAAUAUAAUCUCGGGCACGUCAAUGUCGUGCCCGCAUGUGAGUGGUCUAGCCGCCUUAGUCAAGGCAGCCCAUCCUGAUUGGAGUCCGGCGGCUAUCCGAUCUGCCCUCAUGACCACGGCCUACACCACUUACAAAAACGGCCAAUCACUUGAAGACAUUUCCACGGAAAAACCAUCUACGCCGUUUGAUCAUGGUUCGGGUCACGUGAACCCUAUAUUAUCUCUAGAUCCGGGACUAGUAUAUGACCUAGACAUCAACGAUUACUUGAACUUCCUAUGUGCAAUAAACUACACUCCCACGCAAAUUCUUACUUUAUCCGGGAAAAUCUUCAUUUGUGACAUGACUAAGAAUUACGCAAUUUCGGACCUAAAUUAUCCUUCCUUCGCCCUACCACUCCUAAGCAACAACAACUCCACACUCUUGGUGAAAAAAUAUCCACGAACAUUGACGAACGUGGAUUCUAAGGCGUCAACUUACAUAGUAUCGGCCAAGGUACAAAGUGCAUCGGUUGAGGUGUCGGUUGAGCCACAAUCACUUAGUUUUUCCCAACUAAACGAGAAGAAAUCAUUUACGGUCACUAUAACCGCAAAGACUUCUGAGCCGGUGAACACUUUCGUGUUUGGGCAGUUAGAGUGGUCUGACGGUGAUCAUAUUGUCAAAAGCCCGAUCGCCGUGAGCUGGACAUAAGUCAAUCACAUAUAAAUCGACAGGUUUGAAGUUGUUUUCAAUGACAAUGAAGUUUACUAUUGUUAAAAUUAAUGUCUGAAUCAACUAAUUGUAUAAUACUGUCAUUGCCUUAUAAUAAAUUUCAAUCUUCAAACAAGAUAAUAUGUAAGAUAGUCCUCAUUUAAUUAUUAUGCCAAUUUGGACCAUAAAUCAUACAACCUACCUCCUAAUUUAUUCCACAUUAAUAGUAAGUGUACAUUAUUUAAAUAUUGAAGUCAAUUAAUUCAUUAUUUAACA